AAACAACGCUCAGUUGUUGAACUAAAAUCGAAUACGACGGUCGCAUAAACUUGUGCUUGGCAUUCGCGAGGGCAACCCAACGGACGUACAAACCUUCAUUCUCAAACCCCGUCGAAGGCCAAUCGAUUAGCGUACAGAAAGCUCAAAGUACUAACCAAAACAUGUUCACAUUACCCACUGCCUUAAGCCUUCUGCUGCUGAUCUUGAGUCCUGGCUGGGCUGAGCUCGACGAUAAGCCCCGGGAAAAACGCCAGUCCGAUAAGCUGCACGUAACGCUGCUCUACGAGUCCUUGUGUCCGGACACCAGGAACUUCAUGCAUCAGCUGGGACCCGUGUACAAGGAGUUCCAGGACUACAUCGAUAUUCUGCUGGUGCCCUUUGGCAAGGCCCAGUCGGAGCGGAAUGGAGCCAUCUUCCACUGCCAGCACGGACCGGCUGAGUGUAAGGGAAACCGCCUGCAGGGUUGCGUCAUCAAUUCCACUGCAAACCAGGCGGCCCAGGUGCAAUUCGUGGUGUGCCAAAUGCUGGCUCCGGAUUACUCCCGCAUUGACCAGUGUGCAAAUGAGGCGGGCCUGCUCACCGACGUUGUCCAAUGCCUGUCCAGCGAGACGGGCACCAAGCUGCAGCUGCAGGCGGAGCUGGUGACCAAAAAGUACAGCCCGAGCUUCAUCCCCACCAUCGUCUACAAUGGCGUCUUCGAUCAGCAGCUGCAGGACCAUUCGCUGCGCGACUUCCGCGGCACGGUUUGCUAUUUGUUGCGUCAACGAAACUUGCUGCCCAGCAGCAGCACAAUCUGCCAGUAGAUCUGCUAAAUGUUCAUUGUAACUGCCUCAAGUUUGGAAUGAAAUUAAAAUUCAGAAACUGGUUUCUUCAGCUGAA